AUGGGGAGCGACAGAGCAGGAUGGUUUCGUGCUUACCCAACUCAUGAUAUCUUCUGCAUCAAGGCCAGGAGCUGGAAAUCUUUGCAAAAGGAUUCACUAGUUAUCAACGCUGCCAUUGGCGGUGGUGCGCGAAACAUUGCAUUUGAGUACGAUCCAUCCUGGAACGUCAACCUUCCCAAGACCUAUUACGAUUUUUUCAAGGAAGAUUCUACGCGGAACCACUACUGCUGGCCUCUCGAAAAGAACGCGGAACAUCACGAUUGCCACGGCGACUAUGUCGAAAUAAGCUUGGGAAACAUACACGUUCUGAAUCAAUAUAGCCCAUCUCGUUGGUUCAAACAGUUCAGAUACAAGCUCAACCUGCUUGGCGAGAAUUGUGAGCAGGAUCACAGCAGCUACCAACCCUCGUAUGAUGAUGAUAUCCUCGAUUCUGGAUUUAGCUCAGUUUUUGAGAUCACGGAGUGCGCCUUUGAGGCGGUGGAUAACGGCAAUGGAGUCUUCAAAUGUGGUGUCCUGGUCAGAUGGAAUGAGGAAGGACAUCUUCGUAUCUUUGGUGUUUCUUAA